AUGCGUUCGCUUCAGAGCGCCUCCCGGCUGGCCAUGCGCACUAUCCGGUCGUCUCAAUCGCGACCCAGCGACCUAGCACCCAUUCUUGGUGCCACCCGACUAUCACCGGCGCAUUAUAGAUCGCUCCACGCCGUGCCGCCGCGAAAGUCUCAAUCCGCGGCUGCAAGAGACUCGUCCAAUCCUGCUAUGUCCUUUCCUUGCCUUGAUGCCCAAGAUGCCAAAUCUGCUAUGCUCUCCGCGAAAUCAAUCGAAUCAGGCCCCGAGCCUUCCUAUACCACUGGUAACCACGAGCUGUACCACUGCGACCAGCCGCUUCUUCUGGAUUGGGGCGGCGUGAUGCCUGAGUUCGAUAUUGCGUAUGAGACUUGGGGUGAGCUGAACAGUGAUAAGAGUAAUGCGAUUCUUUUGCAUACCGGACUCUCUGCUUCAAGUCAUGCCCAUAGUACUACGUCGAAUCCCAAGCCAGGUUGGUGGGAGAAGUUCAUUGGACCUGGUCUUCCUCUCGAUACCGAUAAAUAUCAUGUUAUCUGCACCAAUGUGCUGGGAGGCUGUUACGGCAGCACUGGGCCUUCGUCGAAAGACCCGUCAGAUGGCAACUGGUACGCAACACGGUUCCCAAUACUUACACUGGACGACAUGGUUAGAGCUCAGUUCCGUCUUCUCGAUGGCCUGGGUAUCCAGAAGCUUGCUGCAUCCGUCGGAUCUAGUAUGGGUGGAAUGCAGAGUCUAGCAGCUGGCGUGCUGUUCCCUGAGCGUGUGGGCAAAAUCGUCAGCAUCAGUGGUUGUGCUCGUAGCCAUCCAUACAGUAUUGCAAUGCGACACACCCAGCGCCAAGUCCUAAUGAUGGACCCGAAGUGGGCGCGCGGAUUCUACUACGACGCUAUUCCCCCACACUCCGGUAUGAAGCUUGCUCGUGAAAUCGCCACCGUCACCUACCGCAGUGGGCCCGAGUGGGAAAUGCGAUUCGGUCGUCGUCGCGCUGACCCGAGCAAGCAGCCCGCUCUCUGUCCUGACUUCCUCAUCGAGACAUACCUCGAUCAUGCCGGUGAGAAGUUUUGUUUAGAGUAUGACCCCAACAGUCUUCUUUAUGUCUCCAAGGCCAUGGAUCUCUUCGACUUGGGCCAUGCACACCAAACCGAGACUCGUCGCCGUCGCGCGGAAGCUGAAACUCGCAUCGCCCAUGGUGAAAUAUCUCCUAGUGUCUCCGACCCAGCCUGCAGCUUGACUUUGCCCGACAAGCCGUAUGAAGAGCAGCCCGAGUCUACUGCUUCCUCGUCUUCGCCGACCGAGUCUGCGUCCUCAGAAGAUGAAAGUGCCCCACGCGACCUGGUCACAGGCCUCGCGCCUUUGAAGAACCACCCAGUCCUCGUGAUGGGCGUUGCUAGCGACAUCCUUUUCCCCGCAUGGCAACAGCGCGAGAUCGCAGAGACCCUUCGGGCGGGUGGAAAUAAUAAUGUGGAGCAUAUCGAACUUGGCGAUGAUGUGUCCCUGUUCGGACAUGACACCUUCCUGCUUGAUCUGAAGAAUGUUGGCGGUGCUGUCGGUCGCUUCCUUCAGUAA